CGGUGUCUUCCGCUCCACAGCGAGGGGGCGUGGAGCGACGAGUGCGUUGGGCGGCUCCUGCGCCUUGUUGUUGUGAGGCGUUGAGGGGCAGAGGCGGGCGGCGAAGAUGGGCAAUUGUCACACGGUGGGACCCAACGAAGCGCUGGUCGUGUCAGGUGGCUGUUGUGGAUCGGAUCAAAAGCAGUAUGUCAUUGGUGGAUGGGCGUGGGCGUGGUGGUGCGUCUCACAGACACAGAGGAUUUCCCUUGAGAUUAUGACGCUUCAGCCCAAGUGUGAGGAUGUAGAGACCGCAGAGGGGGUAGCACUAACUGUCACAGGGGUCGCUCAGGUGAAGGUAAUGACUGACCUGGACUUGCUGGCUGUAGCGUGUGAGCAGUUCCUGGGGAAGAGUGUCACCGAGACCAAAAGUGUGGUCCUGCAGACCCUAGAAGGACAUCUCCGAGCUAUCCUGGGCACCCUGACCGUUGAAGCCAUUUACCAGGAUCGGGAUCAGUUUGCUCAGCUGGUGCGUGAAGUGGCCGCCCCUGAUGUUGGCCGUAUGGGAAUUGAGAUCCUCAGCUUCACUAUCAAGGACGUUUAUGACAAAGUGGAGUACCUGAGUUCAUUGGGGAAGUCACAGACAGCAAUCGUGCAGAGAGACGCAGAGAUUGGUGUGGCCGAGGCAGAGAGAGACGCCGGCAUCCGGGAAGCUGAGUGCAAGAAGGAAGCAAUGGAUGUUAAGUACAGUGCGGACACCAAGAUGGCGGACUCCAAGCGAGCCUUUGAGAUGCAGAAGGCAGCUUUUAAUCAGGAGAUAAAUACAAAGAAAGCAGAGGCUCAGCUGGCAUACGAGCUACAGGGGGCCAAGGAGCAGCAGAAAAUCCGGCAGGAGGAAAUUGAGAUCGAGGUGGUUCAACGCAAGAAACAGAUCGACAUUGAGGAGAAAGAAAUAGUCCGCAUGGACAAGGAGCUGAUUGGGACAGUGAAAAGGCCGGCAGAAGCUGAGGCUUUCAAGAUGCAGCAGCUGGCAGAAGGCCAAAAAGUGAAGCAAGUGCUGAUCGCCCAGGCUCAAGCUGAAAAGAUCCGCAAGAUCGGAGAGGCCGAGGCUUCUUCUAUCGUAGCCAUUGGAAAAGCAGAUGCAGAGAGAAUGCGACUGAAGGCCGCAGGUUAUCGGCAGUAUGGAGAGGCGGCCAAGAUGGCAAUGGUGCUGGAUGCUCUUCCCAAGAUCGCCGCAGAGGUUGCAGCUCCGUUAGCCAAGACAGACGAAAUAGUGAUUCUUGGAGGAGACAAUAACCGUGUGACGUCGGAGGUCACGCGUCUACUGGCCGAGGUCCCAGCCUCUGUGCACGCUCUCACUGGGAUUGAUCUAUCAAAGGUUCCUUUGAUCCACAGUUUAACCAACGCCCAGGCUUGAUUAUCAGAGAUCCAUUUAGAACGUUCCCCUGCAGAAAGUACUACUCCACAGAUCUGCACCUCAGAAUACUUAAGGAUCACUUUUUCUAUGGAUAAUUUGUGCGAUUUUUCCUUUUUAAUUUUUUUUUUGGUUUUCUUUCAAACCUCUGGUGCCUUAAUUUAAGAAUAUCAAUCAGUUUUUUUUUAAAUAAUCCGAAUUUUUAGUCAUUGGUGUUCAUUUGUUCAUACCUUGUUUUUGGACUCAAGCCCAUGUUGCAGGUUGCCAUCAGAAAACACAAUCAGUUCAUGGAAAGCUGGCCUUUUAAAGCUUACUACGGAUUCCUUUUUGCUUAAUUUCAAGCACCAACAUCUACCCUAAGCUGCCCUGGUGCUGCUGAAGGUGGGGAAGAAACGGCAGCCAUUGGGCUACUCAUUCCUGUUCUCAGGCUUCUAAAUUUUCACAUGGGAUACCUAAACUCUUCAACUAAACUUCAGAGGACACUUUUGAAGUGCCUUUUGUUAUAUUUAAGCCAGUCCCUCAACAUUCUAAGAGCUCCCUGACGCAUCCUGCAACAUGGACAAAAGACCGAGCAGCAGGUGACAAGUACUGAGCUCCAACAGGCCCGAUGUUUUUUUUUAAAACUUGCUCAUGGAAUGGUGAAACCGUGAGGAGCAGCUAAUUCUGCGAAGUUUCCUAAUGAAUGUCUCAGAAGGAAGCUAAAGUAGUUUGUUCAGUUGGGUGGUUGAGGAUGUGUAGAGGAUGUAUUCCACAGAAUCGAUACUGGGCAUGGUGUUAUAUUGUGUACAUUAAAUUUGGUUAUACUUUUAAAAUGGCCUCUACACACCAACAAUCAUAUUUCUUUUGGAUCUUGGCAAGUGCAAAUAUCUGGCACAGGUGUUGAUUUGCUGGUUGUUGCCUGUGGGACUAAACACGAUACAGUGCCUCAUAGAGCUGUCAAACACCAUUUCACUCCAGCUGGCAGAGUUAAAAAGCUGCCUCACUCUUUCCCUGCGUCCUUGCAGGAUGAUUCUUCAGCCAUGGCCUUGGGGAACAGCCUGGCCCCUGGCCAUGGGUGACCUACUAAGUUAUGACUGCAUAGAGCAUGCUUACUGGAGUGAAUCUACAAGUGGAGACCUCCAGUGAUGCAAUUCACCUUCCAGCAAAGUGAAAUUGCAGAGUUCAUUUUGCUCUUUAGUCCUGUGUCCACUGGCCCACAGCUGUAAGUUUCUGAUCUCACUGGGUUUUCCCUCUCUAGUGCUGAGGAAUUAUUAGUAAGAAUCCAAAAGGACCAAGGUCCAUUCUUGUCACUGAAGGCAGCAAAUUCCCAUAUUGUAAAGCUCCCUCACAGCAGCUAAACCACCUUCUCCAGUUUCCCAAAAGUCUUAAAUUGCAAAUUAGCCAGCUAGGAUGGAAUCCAUCUCCAGGCUGCAUCACCGCAAGAAAUUAUUUUAAACUGCUGAGUGGCGAUGCUGAAAGAGCAGAGUACUGUCAUGUACAUUGUUAACUUUGUUACUGCACGUGUGAUUUUUAACUUUACUGCCCUCCCAGUGCAAAUAGCUUCAUACUGGUUAAGCGUAGCCUGAGGUUUCCAGUGUCGAUCUGACAGAUUAUGCAAAUUCUAGAAAGCCAUUUAAAUAUUAUCCUUGGUGCAUGGGCUCCUCUCCCCUCAUGUGAGUGGCGCAGGCUGGCACGCCAAUCAUCAGCUGGGUGCUCCACAUGUUCCCUGUAUCUUUUCCCAAAAUGUGUUCCUCAAGCAAAAGCCUUAAAUCCACAGCUCAAUAACAAAGGAGAGAAGAACAGAUUUUAACCCUGCCAGACUUCGUUUCUGUCACUGUGAAGGAACUGUUAUGUAUAAUGUGACCUUUCCCAAUUCCCGGUUCCAUUUCUUUCUUGAUCUUCUGUACAAUGGGGAUGAAUAUUAUAAAGCAGCCUUUGUCUCUGGGUUAGAUAGAUUUUCUCCAGCAUGGGAAAGGUGGUCCCAGGUAUGUGAAGCUGGCUUUCGGGUGUUUAAAGUGGGGGGGGGGAUGAUCUGUACAGUUACCCUCUCCUUCUGGAGGUCCAGAUCAGCUUUAACUCUGCACUUUAGCCUCUGACUAGCCCAAGGUCACAUCACCACGUCUGACCCAAUGCAGUGCUGUUAACUGGACUGUGGCAUGUACAACCAGCCACACUUUUUUUAAUGCGUUGACAAUGUAAACUUUUUAAAAUUAAUUUUAUCACAUUUCUUUCCUGCCAAAAAUAACUUUGAUUUGUUACAAAUGAUGCAUCUAUUAAAAAAUAACAAGAUAUCUGCAUUGAAAAGUAAGUAAAAAGAGGAGCAAAUGUGGUAUAUUUAAUAUAUACUCAAUAACACUUCUAUAGAAAUAGUGGUACAAUUAUGUAUACAAUAGAAAGUAAUUCAUGUAAUCUGUUUUUUGAAACUGAAUCACAUCCAUGGGAAUCUCUCAAUGGAGUAUGAUAAAUAUUGACAUGCUGGC